AUGAUGGACACAGCUUCAGAUCCUCCCGAAGCCACUAUGCAGGAACAUCAUAUUGUUAAGGCAGAUGAGGUCGACCAAACUGGGACCGAUAUCUCGCCAGUUUCAGACGACCAACUCCUGGAAGAGGUGGCUGAGGGGCUCCGCCAGGAACAGGCCUCGCAGGCCGCACCAGCUCCUGAGAUGGCGCCCUCUGCGCCCGACAAAUCCAUGAAACGACCCGAACUUCGUCGGGAAAGCUCUGCUCCACCUCCUCCGAUGCAGCCUCCCCCUCCAGCCCCUGCCCAGGAGAAAUGCGGACCGGGGUGCGAGCUCCCUGAGCUUAUCGGACAACCAGCCUAUGCUUUUGAAUAUGCCGAUGCCCAAUCAUUUCCCGAUGAGCUCGACGAGUGGUUCCAGUAUAACGCCUUUGACCGCGUCAUGCUGAUGGGCAUGAAAGCAACCUUUAACAGGAAAUGGCCUACCUUCUACCAGCAACGCCAGCCAGACACGCCCGGGCUGUCUUGGCUCGACGCAUCCAAGGAUUUACGUCGUUCAUUUAUUGCUCAGAUGCUUGAGGAUCUACAGCUUGCUGAAGUCCCCGCGCGAUUGGAAGCCCUUGAAUCAAUUUGCUAUCUCGUCACUGGUGUAUGGGGACUUAGUGGUGGAAGAGUGGCGCCCGACUAUUCUUCAGAUGGGAAUCCCGACUCGGCAGCCGAAACUCCAAUGCUCAAGUCAAUGCAGAUUCAGUGCAUCGAGCAGAAUGUUUCCCUUCUCCAGGAAUGCUCGGGCGUUACCGCCUUGAUACAGUACAUGUGCCGCCUUUUUGAUAAGACCCGCUCAGCACUCGGAUCGGACUCCAGUGACGUUGAUUACGAGCGGAUUAGCCCUGGCGAUAUUGCGCCGCCGGAGCGCGAGGCAAACUUGGUCCUUACAAGUUUAUACUUUGCCGUGGAAGUGGGUCGCAGACAACAGGCGCGCGACCCUCAGUGCAGCUCAAUCCGUGAUGCACUGGACAGCUCAAAUCCCAGUCUGUUGGUCUCCAUUGUUGAAAUCAUCGCCCGACUACGCUGGGACGAAUCUGCCAAUAUCCCGCUGACCAGGAUCCUUCUGUUGUUAUGGAAGUCGCUGCUUCUCGUCUUUGGCGGGACCGAUGAUUUAAAGCGCGCAAAAGAGGUACUAGAACCUGCUAUUUCCUCUGAGGAUGAUCCCAAACGCAGGACACCAUUUCUACACGCCUCCCCUCUGGACUACCAUCUCUUCCGCCAGGAAAUCACUUCGAAGUACCCUGCUUACAACCCUCCGCCACUCGUCGUUCCACUGGAAAUGGAAAACAAUUCCAUUCUACCCCCUCUUCCACACAAUGCAGCCAAGAUGAACUCGUCCAGUGGCCGUUCAUAUUGCAACCCCGGCGCCAUCCCCACCUCCAUCCCCGCCGGCCCAGGAGGGAAAGCUGGGAAGAAACAGAACUACCAGACCAAUCAGAACUUCCCCUUCAUGUACCCUCCCCUAGAUGAUUCCAGCAACCGCAUCGGCGGAAAGGGCACAACGCAACGCCAGGAUGCCUUGGUUGGAAAGAAAUGGGAAGGCAGUGAUGUCCCUGCGUCAAUUAUUGAAGCCGGGAAGCUUUUUUCGACCCAUGUGAAAAUGACCCGUGCGAUGCGACAGCUUUGGCAGGAGCGCGAGCACUUUAUGCAGUACGACCGCGGCUGGAACUCCGAGGACGCUGCUCACUUCCCUGACAACAUCUCGGAUGAUCUACCAGACGAUUUUGAACAUCUAGACUUAUCGGGCGACGAGGAGAAGGCCGAGCCUAAACCCAAGCGAGUAGAGAAGGAGACAGAUGAUCCCGAUGUCCAGCGCCGCUUGGAUGCGGUUGACUCGUUUUAUACCCAUACUCUAUCUCACCUACAGUCCAUCACUAUCGUAUUCUUAAAAAUCAUCCUGACAAAUGUCAGCGCAGUGGUCAGCCAGGCUACCAGCCAGACGACGCAGGGCAUGAGUCAUUCCAUGAACGGCUCCUCUCACAAUCUCCUUUCCGAUGCAUCCAUCGAUGAGCUGGACAACAUUCGACUCCGCGAGAUCACCGGGAAAGCCGUGUCUGGAACUCUGUUGCUUCUCCUUAAGUGGUUCAAGCGAUCUCAUAUCUUGAAAUUUGAAUACAUGACGCAGCUAUUACUUGACUCCAACUACAUCCCCUUGAUUCUCAAAAUGUUCGCACAUCAAGACGUUGACCAAACGGUGGCACAUAAAAAUGACCGCGAAGACUUAUCCUUCUUCCACUUCUGUCAAAGCAACACGGACUUCCCCCUGGAAACCGAAGAAAACUCUUGCGGCGACACUGAAAGCGAAGACGAAGCCAUGCCACCCCCAAUCGCCCGCCACCGCUCGGAUCCAACAGCAAACGGCAGUAUGCCAGGUCUCUCCGAAGAGGAAUCCCUAACGGAUAUUAUCAACGGACCGGCACGCCCCGAAGUCGACGAACUAGGCUACCCGACCGCACCCCUCCCCAAAGAACCAAUCAAAGUAUUCUCCUUCCGCAACUUCUUUUCCGCCAUCAACUACCUACACGUCAUGCAAAAGAUCACACGCAACAAAGCCCACCGCUGCCUCCUACUAGUGCAGUACAAAUCAAGCAACAUCCUCCGCAAAGGUCUCAAGAUCCCAGACCCACACCUCCGCUUCUACACCCUCAAACUCUUCAAAUCCCAGGUCCCCUACUGCGGCCGCAAAUGGCGCCAGAGUAACAUGCGCGUCAUCACCGCUAUCUACCUGUACUGCCGUCCCGAGCUGCGCGACGACUGGCUCGCUGGCUCUGAUGUCGAUGCUGAGGUUGAAGAGGCUUUGCCGUUGGAACAGGCGCUUCGUGGUCUUACGCACUGGUGGCAUCUGCGUCAGUACAAGGAUGUCAUGGGUGGUGAUGAGGGUGCUUCUAUGAUGGAGGAAGAGCGUGAUUUCUUUGUUCGAGAACUCGAGUCUGUGGGCUGGGGUGCUGAUGAGAUGCUUGGUGGGACUUGCGAGGAGGAGGUUAGUGUUCCUGCGAUGCAGGGCAGUGAAUGGGAGGGUGUGCCUCCGCCUGCAGAGGGGUGGUAG